UUGUACAUAAUCAGCAAGUAUUUUUUGUUAUUUCGGUAAGAUGAUUUAAUAUAAGAAAAUUUUUGGAAAUCGGUCCCCUUAAACUGUUUGGAUUGAAGUUUGCAAGAAUCUAUUUUUAUUGUAGAAAAUAACAUUGGUCAUAUUCCUGUGUGGCAACAUGACCGGCCUUCAAUAUAAACUGAACAUAAUUAUAUAAUAUAAUAUAAAAUGUAUGAAUUCUUUCAUAACUUAACUCAAAACUGAAAUACCUUCCUGUACUCGUCAUAAGCUUGUGUACCAGAGUGUAUGAUAUUUGUUAUACCAUAUCAUACAACAUCUUUCAAUAAUUCAAAAUGUAGUCACAAGUCUUAAAAAAUGUGGAAUCAUUUAAAAAGAAUAAAAAAUAUGCCUGAUUUUAAGUUGCUGUUACACUGCAGUGUAAUCUAGAACAAUAUUUUACCCUGUUCAAAAAUUCUACUACAGUCUGCCAAACAUUCAGACCCUUCAACAAGGAAAAAAUAAAAAUAUUCAAAAGAUAUAUAUAUUAAUGAAAGGGAGUGGUUAGGCAUGCAAAUACUUUUUUACGUUUUCUUCAGUCCUUUUUUUUAUUUAAUUGUAAUUUAAAUUGUGUAACCUUCUUUCCUCUUUAGAAUGAGUGCAUACAUGUUUUCCUGUAACAAAAAAAAAUGUAAUUCUGAUUUUGUAGGUGCAUGAAAUUUAACAUAUAAGCCAAUAUUUCCCUUUUCUGGCUAUGUUAUCAUUUACUUUAUUUGACUGUCUUUUAAACUACAGGAGUAAGUGGUGGACUGAAUAGUACGUGUCUUAAAUAUUCAGGCUUUGUUAUGAUUGGUCAAAUCUUGGCACAGCAUCAUGUAUUGGCAAUGUUUAGUCAAAGGAAUCAGAAAUAUGCCAUUCAGGCUUUCCAUGCAGAUGUAAAUUAUAUGAUUUGGUACGUAUUCCUUUUCACACUACAAUGUAUGUGCUUAUGUAAUGGAAAAAGAAAUAGAUAUAUAUAUAUAUAUAUAUAUAUAUAUAUAUAUAUAUAUAUAUAUAUAUAUAUAGAUAUGUGUGUGUGUGUGUAUAUAUAUAUAUACAUAUAUAUAUAUAUCUUUAUGACUAAUAACAAUGUUAUUUGUGCUUCUUUGUGCAAUGAUGUUAAAGUGAAGAAAAUGCACUGAUACCUUACUGAUUGUGCAGCAAUAUGUUAUUGCUGCAGUUUGUAUUUCAUUUUUGUAUUUUAUUUUUUAAUGUAUUUUUUUUUCUGGUGAACUAAACAUUUUGAAGAGGUAUUGUAGGAUAUGUCUCACCGGCCUGUUUACCCCUUUGUUCUGUUAUACUUGAGAGUUUUUUUUGUGAUUAUGUAGUCAACUAUUAUUGCUUAUCUUUUGCCUGUUACUGCCACCUUAAUAUGCAUUAGUGUUCAGGUGUCUCUUGGUAUCAUGACAACGUUUACAGACUGUAGUAUAAAGUAUAAAUAUAUAUUUCAAACAGUUGAAAUGUUACGUUCAGACCCUCUAAUGCUAAAAUUGCUUGGCCGUUAUUUGUUGCAAAGACAAACUGUAUUUUGGUACAGGCACAGGCAUUAUCUUCUAAUAAACUUUAAAUCUCCAAGAGGCUGUUCAGGUUUACAAGACACUGUUAUAUGUUUAUGGUCAUUGCUGGUAUGAAUUUGAUCUCAUCUAUGUAUGAGGGAAGACCAAAAUCCUAUAUUACUUUAUUUCAGACUUUUUCUGUACUUUUUCCACAUAUUUUUGCAAUUUCAAAUUGUCCAAUAGUGAAAUUCAUUGAGAAGCUAUACAAUAGAUUCUGAUAUUAGCCCGGUCUACUAAUGUAAAAGAAGAAAAAAAGCCAAAGUUAAUUAUCCCUUUAAAAUGUUUCCUAUGUUUAAGUAUCUUACUGAGAUAUCCCCUAUUACUAUAGGAAUAAUAUUUUCUUAACACACAUCUAGCCUACUUAUAUCCUACCUACUACACAUAAAAAUAUAAUUUCUAUGUGAAUUAGUAUUUCACUAAUACUUUGAAUUAUUUGAUUAUUUUCUUGCUGUUAAACUCAACAGUAAGAAAAUAACUCAAAGUCAAAGUACAUAGGUCACGUGGAGGACAAAUCAUGCUUGUAUCUACAAUAUAUAGGUCCACUUGUACAGUUUGUCUGAGAAGCUCAACAUUAACAAGGGACAUUAGACAAACGGCUAUGAAAUAUUUACAUUCUGAGGACAGCAGGACGCUGAUUUAAGCCUCAUAUGAUGGCAGCUAAAUUGUUAUACAAUGUGUUUUCAUUUUGAGUACAGUGCUGCUUUUCUAAGCACAAUACUCUUUACUUACUGUGGUAACAAGUGUGUACUUUACCUGUAGUAGUGUACUACACUUGUAGUGUACUACACCUGUAGUGUAUAAGCAACAGGACACACUGAUAUGUUCUUCGAAUAUGCAAAAUGUAGUGUUCUGCAGCACAGCUUGGCAAAUCUGUACUUUUUUUAACCAACCCUUUAAAAAUUAAUGGAUUAAAUGCGUUCUUCAAAAUGUGCUUUUUAUAUUUGUAAAAUGUAAAAUCAGACUAUUCAAAAUCUUGGCCGUAUAUUUGUGUGCUGAUGAAGUUGGCCGUAUAUGUGUGCUCAAAGAAGGUGAAACAGCCUUCUGUUGUAUCCGUUUUCGUUGUGUCGAGGCUUCAGUCUUUGUACCUUUGCAUUACUAUUUGUAAAUGAAAUGAGAUUAAAUAAAGCUGACAUGAUGAGCAGACUUUCCUGAAAUCUGUAUCUUGCAAUGGCUGUAUUGAUUUUGUAAUUGAGAGAUUGUAAAUAAACCAUAUAUAUCUUUAUAGAUGUAUAUUAGUAAAUUGUAAUGAAUGUGGGAAUAAAUACAGUAGUAUAUCCCUAUCACUUUUGGGAAUAAAUAUGGGCAAUAUCUCCAUCUGCUGGAUGAAAGAAAUAAUAAAUGUAUGUAUUAUUACCACCCUGAAGGCAAUUGCAGUGCAAAUAUAUUUAUUUCGCUAGGUUGGCUAUUAAGUUUUGUCCGGAUAUUCAACUAAUCAUGUUUUUGUCUCAUGUACGAAUAUUGACAGUGAGUGAUAGUUGUUUUUCUGUAAACAAUACCAUGAACACUGUGGCCAACCAAAUAUGCAUACUUGUUUAGUGGCAUCAACAUAUGGCCAAUGAUGCAAAUGCCACUACGACAAAAUAGGCCUAGAAACAACUCGUUUUAGAGCGGUCUUCUGCAACUGGCAUCCCCCGAGAGUGUGGGUGAACUCUGGGGGCGAACCUGCUUGGCGAACAGCAGCACUUGCCUACGUGCCCACGUCAGAGACACUCACCACAUCCCAGAAUGCAACUCGAGGCCGUCAAAAUCCAGCAGCUCGUAGUGGUUUACUAGAGCGCCGAGCAGGCGGACGUCGACGGUAAAUACGGGGCACAUCUCACACUCCAUGUGACACAUUACCGAUCCUUAACGCGAAUCGGCAAGAAUUAUGCUGCUCGGCACACUUUCAUAACGGGCUUUUGAGUCUCUAAAGCCUCAACAUUUUUCAUUUUGGAGGAUUCCUCCCCAUCCUCCGGGUCGUACCGAACAGGCAAUGACAACGGUCUCGGCAACUCCGCAGCAGAUGAGGGACCGGCUGCUGAAGGCCGUCGACAGUCACAGCAAUAUUUGCAAUAUGGUGGCGGUCUUGGAAGUAAUUACCUAUUUGGAAAAGUAUCCCAUCACCAAAGAAGCACUUGAGGAAACUCGCCUAGGAAAGUUAAUCAACGAUGUGCGGAAGAAAACCAACAAUGAAGACCUUGCAAAGCGUGCUAAGAAGCUCUUGAGGAACUGGCAGAAGCUGAUUGAUCCAGGACCUGCCGAGACACCGACGCGUGGACCCGGGGCCCCUCCUGCCUCUACAAACGGAGGCUUGCAUCCCUGCCGGACAGAUGCCCCGUCAGCUGCUGCCCCCCCUGACGUCUUGGUUGAAGGCAAGGGCGUCCCAGAUGUCAAAGUCAGAAACGAUGUUCAUAACACUUACUCGCCCAAAGCGGCGAAAUCGAGCAACCGCAAGCGGCGGGCAGAGCAGAGGGAUGGCGGCGUGCACUUGCCAGAAAAGAUAUCGAGGAUGGCUUAUGAACACUCUCUAUCGCCUCCGCUCACCAACGGCACUGCGAGCAGUCCCGAGGCGCUGCUCGAGCUGGAGGUUGUUCCAUCUCCUGACAGACCGCCGCGGACGGAUCAUCUCGACAAUGACAAACACAACAAGAUCCCCGUCAAUGCGGUAAAGCCUCGCCCCAGCUCCCCCGGAGUGGCAAAACUACCUAGCACUUCUUCAUUGAUCAAGGUUGCAGUGAUGCAGCAGCAGGUCAGAAUGGAGGAUGGGGGAUGUGGGGUAGGAGGAGCGGGAGGUGGAGGAUAUUAUCAAGCUAAAAGCCCACGUGGCGUCACCACUAGUCCCCGGGGUGUGAAAGAAACAAUGACCAAGCGCUCUUCUGCAUAUGCACCAAAAGGUGUCCCCAGCCCCACGCCGCGCGGCUCCCCUCUGCCUUCGUCCCAGCCCGCGGCGUCGCUAGCCCAAUCGCCUCUUGGCAACAGGCUGCCGCACCCUUCCUACAGGUCUUCUGCGCAGUGGGCCAGUACUUCACAAAGCUCUUCUUCGUCUCAAUGUCCCCCGCAUGACUCGUUUAUAACACUGGAAUCACCGUCGAUCUCCCCGCGUCCCUCCCAGCACAGCCCCACCCAACUCAGACCGUCCGCCGAGGCCACCGCCAGCAUCGUGGUCGCCGAGGAGACGGACGGACCACCUCUCACCCCCUCGGAGAGAAAGAGGAGGAAAAAGUAUCGGUCGAGGGACUAUGCUGUUAACCUUGAUGGUCAGAAAACGGAGGACACUGUUAAGCCUGUGCGCUUAAAAGAACGCAGGAUAACCUUUGAUCCUGUGACGGGCCAGAUCAAGUCCAUGGUACACAAGGAACCUUUUCAGACGGAGGAGGCCGGCGUGCCAGACUCUGCAGAGUGUACAAAGAGGACUGAGAACAUUGUGCCCCAGACCCCGUUGCCUCCCUCAGCCCCUAAACCCGCCCCUGCCCCUGCCCCUAACCCUAACCCUUUCCAACAGACAAACUGGAAGGAGCUUUCACGGAACGAAAUUAUCCAGUCUUACUUGAACCUCCAAAGUAACAUGCUCACGUCCUCGGGGGUGCAGACCCCCAGCGCGCACUUUUUUAUGUCUGAGUAUCUGAAACGGGAGGAGCCCGGUGUCAAGGAGGCCAGGGAGAUGCACGUUCUGCAGAAGGACAGCUCGGUGGCGCAUCGGCCUGGCGUGAGCGGAGAGGUGACGGACACGGAGCUGGACAGAAUACACACGCAACACUGGCCAGGGGUCAAUGGUUGCUAUGACACAAAGGGUGCCUGGUUUGACUGGACAGAGUGCAUAUCGUUGGACCCUCACGGGGGUGAAAGCAGACUGAACAUCUUGCCAUAUGUUUGCCUAGACUAAAGAGUUUGAGAAUGUCAC